AUUCUUUGCUUCACCAUGCUGGGGCUGGGCUGCACGGUGGAGGUCAGCCAGCUUGGGGAGCAUAUCCGGAGACCCAUCGGGGUGCUGCUGGCACUUGUCUGUCAGUUUGUUAUCAUGCCCUUGGUGGCCUUUCUUUUGGCUUUAGCUUUCUCUCUGGAUGAUGUAGCAGCUAUGGCUGUUCUCCUCUGUGGCUGCUGUCCAGGAGGGAACUUGUCAAACAUAAUGUCUCUGCUGGUGCACGGAGAGAUGAAUCUCAGCAUCAUCAUGACCAUAUCAUCCACGCUGCUGGCGCUGGUGCUGAUGCCGCUGUGUUUGUGGAUCUACAGUCGCGCAUGGAUCAACACACCCAUCGUGAACCUCAUGCCUUUCGGGGCCAUCAUCCUGACCCUGUGUAGCACUCUCAUCCCAAUUGGCUUGGGAGUUGCCCUAAGGUAUCGCUACACGCGGGUGGCCGACAUUGUUUUAAAGAUAUCCCUUUGGUCCCUGCUGAUCACCCUCAUAAUGCUGUUCAUCCUGACCGGGGCCAUGCUGGGGCCAGAGCUGCUGUCCACCAUUCCCCCCUCUGUCUACAUGGUGGCCGUGCUGAUGCCUCUGUGCGGCUACGCUGCAGGUUAUGGCCUGGCUGUGCUCUUUGACCUGCCGCCCAACAGCCGCAGAUCCGUCUCUCUGGAGACAGGCUGCCAGAAUGUCCAGCUGUGCACCGCCAUCCUGAAGCUCACCUUCCCCCCUCAGCUGAUGGGAGGGAUGUACAUGUUCCCUCUGCUGUACGCCCUGUUCCAAGCAGCCGAGGCGGGUAUUUUCAUCCUGGCUUACAGGAUGUACAGAAAAGAGGUUCUUCACAAACAAGAUCCCAUGGGGGGAGGCGAUGACACAGACAUAACAUACCAACGGUUUCAAGAUGAGGAUGUUGGCUUUGACUCAUCUUAUGGUGCGGUGACAGUGAGUGACCCAAACACCAUCAUGUUGGAGCCUUGCCCGCCUGACCCGACUCCUGUUUGAUGUGCAAGAGACAAUUCCCCACUGCUUCAUAAGUCUUGCUGAUGGAGUCAUCACUCACUCAUUGCCAUUCAUGAACAACUUCUGGAAAACAGAGGGGGGUUGUGCAGGGAAUUCCCAAGGUUCAGGAAUGUUUAUUAUUGACUGCUGAAAAAAGGUGCUUCAUCUCAUAAGCUUUAUGUUUCAAGAGAUACAUGCAAAAUCCAAUCAUUCACGUGUAAUAUAGCGAUGACACGCGUGAACAUGUUUAACUGAGGCUAUGUUUACUGCAAAGCAAGAUUCAUCAGCUAAGAGUAACUUUAAUAUAUGAAAGUAACAAUCAUCAGUGAAAGCCAUCUUAUUUAUUUUCAGAGAUAUACCUACCUACCAAUAUGAGGAUCAGAUCUGGUUACAUUCUGUCCCUAAAAAUCGCCUGUGCAUGAGUCUGUUGCUGUAAAACUGUGCAUGUGUCUGUGUGUGUGUGUGUGUGUGUGUGUAAGUGUGUGUGUGAGAGAGAGACAGAGAGACAGUGAGAGAGGGAGAGUAAAGUAAGAUGCAGGAUAUGCCAGUCAAACAUAUCAAACAAUAAAUAACAAUAUAAUGCAUAUUUCCGACCACACAGUGCCAGUCCAGUAAUUGUGCUCCA